AUGGGGCGUCACUCCGGGCACAUUGUCAUGGAUGCAACCCUAAGAAGUUGUGAUGUUGAUUGUUAUUUGAUCCUCAAAAACAAGCUUUAUCUAGAAGGGAAAGGGGGUUUGUUUGAGUUUCUUGUUAUUCGUUUGAAAGAACAUGGACAUGUAGUGGUGGUGCUGGCGGAAGGGGCGAGAUGGUGGGAGAGAGAUCAUAAAGGGGAGUUGUUUACAGUGAAGUACAUAGAUCCGACUUAUAUGAUACGAGCUCUUACUGUGAAUGCAACUGAUAACUUGCAUUGUACGCUUUUGGCACAUUCCACCAUUAAUGGGAUUAUGGUCGGGUAUACGGGAUUUGUCAUCGGGCCUAUCAAUGGUAACUACGCUUAUAUUCCGAUGGAGGAUGUCGCUCAGGCCAAGAGUCCGGUUGGGACCAAAGACCAUAAAUGGGCUUGUGUUCGAUCCAUCACAGCUCAUCCUAAUUUUCAGUUCACUACGUAG